UUUGCGAAUUUUAAAAAGUCCCCUGGUAAUUUCAACGUGAAGAUAAGUUGGAAAGCCUGGCUUGGAGGUAGGCUCUAAUUUUCACUGGGAAUCAGGGUGGGUUCAGAAGGAGCUAUUCAAACUGGAUCAAAUUUUAAAAAAUUAAAAAUAGUUAAUUUUUUAUUUUAAAGAUAAUAGUGUCUAUAAGUGUACACUGUGAUGUUUUGAUCUAUUUAUACAUUGAGGAAGGAUUAAAUCAAGUUAACACAUCCAUCACCUCACCUAUUUAGUAUUUUUCUGUGGUGAGAACAAACUGGGCGUGGCUGGCACUCCGUCAGUCAUUCGGUGGAGAAUCAGGAGUUAGCUGCCUGUGUGGCACAGCCUUCACGUCGUCCUGGGGCUGACCCUGUCCUCCAGCAAAGAUUUCAAAGCAGCCUCCUGGGAGAUGUGAGGAGCUUUGCAGAAAAGAAAAUGAAACAUUGAAUACAUAAAUGAGUGCUUUUCACCAGGAGCUAUUUUCUUUUUCUUUUUUCUUUUUUUAAAGAGUCUUUCUAUUCAUUUUAGCAGAAAGCAAAACAAAACAGAACAAAGUGUGUGUUGUAUGUGUCCGCACCAUGUGCACGUGUGAAGGUGUGUGUGUUUGUGUGUGUGUAAGAAUCUUUUGAUGAAAGAGGCCACGUUACUUUGAUGGAAUUAAUUGGGUUGACAGCCCUCCCAGGGUCUUCCUGAAAAGGAUGAUUACAUUUCAUUGUUGUUACUGACUAGCUGGGAUAUGAAGGUAUAGCCACUGGAGAUUCGAAUAUUGAUUUUUCAAUUACUGGUUAGCAAGUCUGAUCGACACACAGUCACCGACUUCUGUUAGGACACAGAGGGCUUAGGACAGAAGGCUGACGUCCUGAGUGUUUAAUGCACCAAAGUCUGGAGGAGAUUAAUUUCAUAAGGAAUUCCUGAUUCCAUCUUUGCAAAUCUCCCGUGGGGCUUGCAGCUACCAAAGAAGACUUUUAAUGAGGUUCGGGACAGCCGUUUGAGCACAGUCUACAUCUGGUUUCUUCUGUGAGUUCUACUGUGUGGUCACCUUGGCAGACAGUUAGCGAAGCCACUGAGCUUCCUGCUUCGUCUGGGAAUGAACCAAGAUAUCAUGUGUUCAACAGAAGACAGGAUAAUACAACAUACGCUAGGUGAGAAAGUGAAUAUGCUCUGCGGAGAUGUCCCCAAAAGCUUUCCGUACCAUUGAACCAUUUGGCAUUGGACUCCCUUUCUCGUCUCCUGAAAUCUUUCUGGCUCUGACAAGGAGGACGUCUCUGGAAAAUGAACUGAAGGAUGCCACCCAGGGAGAGCAUCGCCUGAGAUCCCAUCAUGCAGGCCUUCCCACAAGGGCCCGGCAGCAUGACAAGGUGAAGGCAGAGUAUGUGCAUCUCAACCACCCACUCACCCUCUUGACCAGAGAGCGCGAUUUGGCCGUGAAGGAGAAACACCAGCUCCAAGCCAAGCUGGAGAACCUAGAACAGGUCCUGAAGCAUAUGCGAGAGGCGGCUGAACGGCGGCAGCAGCUGGAGUUGGAGCAUGAGCAGGCCCUGGCUGUUCUCAGCGCCAAGCAGCAGGAAAUUGACCUUCUGCAGAAGGCUCAGGUUGAGGCUAAGAAGGAGCAUGAAGGCGCAGUGCGGCUGCUAGAGUCCAAGGUUCGAGAGCUGGAAGAGAAAUGCCGGACUCAAAGUGAGCAGUUCAACCUGCUGUCCCGGGACCUGGAGAAGUUCCGGCAGCACGCUGGGAAGAUUGACCUGCUGGGUGGCAGCACGGUGGCCCCCCUGGACGUCUCCACGGCCCCCGGCAAGCCUUUCCCGCAGUUUGUGAAUGGCCUAGCCACCUCCCUCGGCAAAGGUCACGAGAGCGCGAUUGGAGGCGGCUCUGCGAUCGGUGAAUAUAUCCGGCCGCUUCCGCAGCCUGGCGACAGUCCGGAGCCUCUGUCCGCCAAGCCCACCUUUCUGUCGAGAUCCGGUAGCCCAAGAUGCAGAUCUGAGUCAGACAUGGAGAAUGAACGGAAUUCCAAUACCUCAAAGCAGAGAUACUCGGGGAAGGUCCACCUCUGUGUUGCCCGCUAUAGUUACAACCCCUUCGAUGGACCGAACGAGAACCCCGAAGCUGAGCUGCCCCUCACGGCGGGAAAAUACCUCUACGUCUAUGGAGACAUGGAUGAGGAUGGGUUCUAUGAAGGAGAGCUCCUCGAUGGCCAGAGGGGUCUGGUGCCCUCCAACUUCGUGGACUUUGUGCAGGACAACGAAUCGCGGUUGGCAAGCACGCUGGGGAACGAGCAGGAUCAGAACUUCAUCAACCAUUCCGGCAUCGGCCUGGAGGGAGAGCACAUCCUGGACCUCCACUCCCCAACCCAUACAGACGCAGGCAUCACCGACAACAGUGCCGGGACCCUGGACGUGAACAUCGACGACAUCGGAGAAGACAUCGUGCCUUACCCUAGAAAAAUCACCCUUAUCAAACAACUCGCCAAAAGUGUUAUUGUGGGCUGGGAGCCUCCGGCGGUGCCACCAGGAUGGGGAACCGUGAGCAGCUACAACGUCCUGGUGGACAAGGAGACGCGCAUGAACCUCACCCUGGGGAGCAGAACUAAAGCCCUCAUUGAGAAGCUCAACAUGGCGGCCUGCACCUACCGCAUCUCCGUGCAGUGUGUCACCAGCAGGGGCAGCUCGGACGAGCUGCAGUGCACGCUGCUGGUGGGCAAGGAUGUGGUGGUGGCCCCCUCCCACCUGCGGGUGGACAAUAUCACGCAGAUCUCCGCCCAGCUCUCCUGGCUGCCCACCAACAGCAACUACAGCCACGUCAUCUUCCUCAACGAGGAGGAGUUUGACAUCGUCAAGGCCGCCAGGUACAAGUACCAGUUCUUCAAUCUCAGGCCCAACAUGGCCUAUAAGGUGAAGGUUCUGGCCAAACCCCACCAGAUGCCGUGGCAGCUCCCGCUGGAGCAAAGGGAGAAGAAGGAGGCCUUUGUGGAGUUCUCCACGUUGCCUGCAGGCCCCCCAGCACCCCCACAAGAUGUCACUGUCCAGGCUGGGGCAACCCCUGCCACCAUCCGGGUCUCCUGGAGACCACCUGUGCUGACGCCCUCCGGGCUGUCCAAUGGCGCAAACGUUACCGGCUACGGCGUGUACGCCAAAGGGCAGAGGGUGGCUGAAGUCAUCUUCCCCACGGCAGACAGCACAGCCGUGGAGCUUGUGCGGCUGCGGAGCCUGGAGGCCAAGGGCGUGACCGUGCGGACCCUCUCCGCCCAGGGCGAGUCCGUGGACUCUGCAGUUGCUGCUGUUCCCCCUGAGCUCCUGGUGCCUCCUACCCCUCACCCGAGACCUGCACCCCAAUCAAAGCCAUUAGCAAGUUCUGGAGUCCCCGAUACCAAAGACGAGCGCCUGGGUCCCCACGCCAGGAUGGACGAGGCCUGGGAGCAGAGCCGUGCACCUGGCCCUGUGCAUGGGCACACACUGGAGCCGCCCGCAGGCCCGGGAAGGCGGUCGCCCUCACCCAGCCGCAUCCUGCCGCAGCCGCAGGGCACCCCUGUGUCCACCACCGUUGCCAAGGCCAUGGCCCGGGAGGCCGCGCAGAGGGUGGCCGAGAGCAGCAGGUUAGAGAAAAGGAGCGUCUUCCUAGAGAGAAGCAGCGCAGGGCAGUAUGCCGCCUCGGAUGAGGAGGACGCCUACGACUCCCCAGACUUCAAGAGGAGGGGCGCCUCAGUGGAUGACUUCCUGAAAGGCUCUGAACUCGGCAAGCAGCCGCACUGUUGCCAUGGAGACGAGUACCACACGGAGAGCAGCCGGGGGUCUGACCUCUCAGACAUCAUGGAGGAGGACGAGGAGGAGCUGUAUUCUGAAAUGCAGCUGGAAGAUGGGGGAAGGAGGCGUCCCAGCGGCACAUCCCACAAUGCCCUCAAGGACCGCACUGAGCAUAGGACCUCUGAAGGCACUUUCUGGGAGCCCGAGUGUCCCCACCAGCCCCACAGGAAGAGACUUUUCAGUAUCCCCGAAGUAGCGGAAGAGGACGGAGAGUGCUGUGGGCUGCUGCACAAACAGGGUGCAGGGCCGUCCCCCAGGGCCAGGAUGGGGCUGGCCAGAGAGCCCAGGCCCGGCCGGCCCUGCCGGCCCUGCAGGGGUGAUGAGGCCCCUCGGGGCUCCUGGUUCUCGGUGAAGCACAGGGGCUCGGGGGCCGUCCCCCACCUGGAGGACUUCCUUCUGGAAGACAGGGGCUGUCGGUUCAGUCGCUCGGCCACCCGGAGCCCGGACAGCGGCCUGGACUGUGGGAGUGAAGAGGAGGAGUCGCGGUUUGGCUUUGGAAACACCGUGGCCACGUGCAGCCCAGGCCCUGGCCACUGUCCCUGCAGGAGGGGCCUGAGGCCGCUGUUGGCCCGGCGGCGGACGCUGACCCGGCAGAGCAGCGUCGAGGAGGACUUUGGGGAGCAGGUGGGCCCUGGUGGCGUCCUCAGGAACGACGACCCCCAGCCCAGCCCGGAGAGGCCGCUCCCCAGGAAGCACGGCUGGGGCGAGCCCACUGAGCACCAAGAUUUUCGGGGUGUCUGGAAGAAAAGCAUAACCAUGCCCGACAGUAGGGCAGCUGCCCCCCACGCAAAGCCACCUCCCAGAGUCGCACAAGGCCCCCUGAUUUUAGGGAACCCAGCCUCUGCAGGACGGGUGGAUCACAUGGGCCGGAGGUUUCCCCGCGGCAGUGCUGGUCCUCAGAGGUCCCGGCCCGUGACAGUCCCAUCCAUCGACGAUUACGGGCGAGACCGCCUUUCUCCAGACUUCUAUGAAGAGUCGGAAACUGACCCUGGUGCCGAAGAGCUCCCGGCCCGGAUCUUUGUGGCUCUCUUUGACUACGACCCGCUCACCAUGUCCCCAAACCCCGAUGCUGCAGAGGAGGAGCUCCCCUUUAAAGAAGGCCAGAUCAUCAAGGUUUAUGGUGAUAAAGACGCUGAUGGAUUCUACCGUGGGGAAACCUGUGCCCGGCUUGGCCUUAUCCCUUGUAACAUGGUCUCUGAAAUACAAGCAGAUGACGAGGAGAUGAUGGAUCAGCUGCUUAGACAGGGCUUUCUGCCUCUGAAUACACCUGUGGAGAAAAUAGAGAGAAGCAGAAGAAGUGGCAGGCAUCAUUCAGUAUCAACCCGGAGAAUGGUGGCCCUGUAUGACUAUGACCCCAGAGAAAGCUCACCCAACGUGGAUGUUGAGGCUGAACUUACAUUUUGCACAGGAGAUAUUAUUACCGUUUUUGGUGAAAUUGAUGAAGAUGGAUUUUAUUAUGGGGAGCUGAAUGGGCAGAAAGGCCUUGUGCCCUCAAACUUCUUGGAAGAAGUGCCUGACGACGUCGAAGUCUAUCUUUCUGAUGCUCCAUCCCACUACUCUCAAGAUACACCAAUGCGCUCAAAGGCAAAAAGGGUUCCUCCUGAGGGUUCAGGUACAGCAAGGAGAGCUCCAUCCCCCACAGUCCAUCUCCAUUCGGGGUCACCUACGUCAUCUAUGGGUUCUGGUAGUCCUGGGAGAGGCAGGGAAAUGUCCUCGAAAAAGAAAAAGGGGCUGCUUUCCAAAGGCAAGAAACUGCUGAAAAAGCUGGGUGCAGUGAAAUGAUUCAUGUACUUCCGGACAACUGCCAAAUCUAUGUAAUUUUCUUUAAUUCCAAACUAGGGCUUUCAUGACUCAAGUACUUCCUAAAAAACCCAAUCUUCUCCCCUGACACCAGUAGAGAAAUGCACUUUUGCACUACCAUCCACUUUAAACCAACCGCGAGAACAAAGAGGAGCGGUUGUUCUCUGUCACCGCUGGCAGUCCGCUCUCAUUGUCCAAGCUCUGAUUUGGGAGGUGGGAGGGGACGUCUUAUUAACAAACAGGGGGGCGCAUAGCUAUCACCUGUAGCUCCCUCCCUACCUGUAAUUCCAGUCUUUGUGCAUCUGUCAUCCGCCCGUAAAGGAAUGAUUUUCCAACCUUUCUCCCUUCUCAAAAUGCUUGCCUCAUAAUGCAUAACUUCCACUUUGACUCUGGUCUUGAAAUUCCUAGUUUAAUUCGCCUUGAUGUUCUGCCUUAUAAAUGCACAAUGAUUUGUACUGUCUAAUAAAAACACAGUGUAUACUUUGUAUGUGUCGUGCAUUCAGUGGUCUUCAUCCUCACUGACACAGUGGUUCGAGAUCAAGUUGUACAGGCUGUGCAUUUUAAGAUACUAGUUACAGUCUCUCACAGCCAGCCAGGCUACACACAGAAAAUGUUUACUCAAUCAUUCAAAAAAGUGAAAAGGAGCGAAAGUAACUUUGGUUGGUAAAACACCAAUACUCCAACCUUCCAGAAAGCCGCUAAUCUUCAUUGCUUUUAAUGUUCUAUUUUGUGGCAUAUGGUUUUCUGUUACUUCCAUUGUCAAAAUGCCAUACCCAAAUACACAGCAAUGAACGGCACACAAGUAAUCCACAUAAUGCAUAAGCCACACCAAAAACAUGCUACAUUUAAAUCUGCUCCAAAUGAGUCCAUACCCAUCUUCAUCAUUGGCGUUCGAACAAACAAAAGACUUACAAAGUUGCUGGCAGAUGUAUUUGAUGGUUACUCUUUUGUAAUUCUUGUCCACUUGUAAAUUGUUUUUACUCUUUAUACAUACUUUUCAGACUGCCUUUCUUUUGUAAUUUAUGGACGGUUUAUAAAUGAAUGACAAAGCUUUCCCCAUUGUGUCUUCAAAAACUCUAUUAUAAAUUGUAAUAUAAUAGUAUGUGGUAGAUUUAUUAAAGGAAAUCCAUGUGUGGUUAAGCUCUGUGUGGGUGUGUGCAUGUGCACAGUUAGUGUAAAAUAUUUUCUAGAAAUAAAAUUUGUUAUUUUAUA